GUCAAACAAGGACCUAAUGUAUGUACCAGUAGCGGCAGCAGUUCAUCUGAGCGAAUCGGGAAGAAGCAGCAGAAUGCUCUAACACUGCCGAGAGCUUCAGAGACCGGAAGUGGCGGAUUAGCGUGUGAAGAAAGCAGUCGAUCGAUCUAUUGCGUCUCAUUUAAGCAGGCGAUCGUCUUCCAUAGUCUUCUGUUUUCUUUCACUCUUCCGUUCUCCACCAGAUUGCAGAACAAGAAGCUCGGAAAAAUGCCAAUCGCACGUUGACAAUGUGGGUUAUAUGCAGACUUAAUAGAAUCAGCAAAAAGAUUAGGGAACUAUUGAGGGAGAAUUAGAAGAAACAGAGGAAGAAGUAGAUAGAAUCAGCUCACAAGGAGGAAGAAGAACACAGGGGCAUAACCCUGUUUGUUUCAAUUUUGAGAAGUAAAGUACGCAAGCCUUAGAGAUUUCAGAUGGAUGAACAGCUUAAGACAAUUACAACCCAUGCCUUUGCUGCUGCAACUGCAGUCUCACUAGGCUCUGCUAUCUCCUAUCCUCUUGAUACUAUCAAAGUCCUAAUCCAAGUUGGGUCUGGUACCAAUAAGCCAUUAACAACAGCUCAAAUUCUUGGUAGAGUACAAAGUAUCUCUGGAAAUUCAGGUUUAUACAGUGGCUUGGGCUGGUUGACUACAGGUAGGAUAGCUGGUCUAGGAGCUCGUUUUGGCGUUUAUGAAAUUCUUACAGCUUUCUAUAAAGAUGGUAGAGAAUACAGCUAUGUGCAUACUGGUGAGGCAUUCACAGCAGGAAUGGUUGCUGGUGCGUUUGAAUCACUUCUCAGCUCACCAUUUGAACUUGUGAAGCUUCGUGCUCAGGUGAACUCUGCUUCUUGGACUCCUAGGUCUACUGUUUCUGCAGCAGCAGCAGCAGAAAAGGCGACAAUUUCAGGUUUAGUUGAGAGGCUACUUCCUGGAAAUUUACCUAAUAUGAAGACAUUAAAUCAAUCUGUUAACCUUUUGGCCACACUCGGUGGUCCUAAACAAACGAACAUGAUUGAUUCCGUUAGAAAAUAUCCGUGGAUGAUGACUGGAUCUGGGAGGCCGCCUUCUAUUACUGAUGUUAGAAGUCCGUCACAAAUUAUAUCCUUGGAAGGAUGGAGUUCUCUUUGGAGAGGCCUUCGUUCGGGGAUAGUUCGAGAUUCGAUUUUCGGGGGGACUUUUUUUGCGAGCUGGGAAUUUUUGCAUCGAGUAUUGAUUACUUGGAAAGCAGUUGGGAUGGAAUCCCCUCCUGAGUCUGAUGAAGAUGUAGGUCCAUUGUCUCCAAUUGCAGUUAGUCUUGCAGCUGGAGUUUCUGGAACAGUUGCUGCAGCUGCAUCUCAUUGUUUUGACACAGCAAAAAGCCGAUCUCAGUGUAUCGUCCUGCCUAAGUUCUUAUACAUGGAGAGGAAGUUUCUAAAAUGGAAAACUCCAGGCAAAUGGUUCGAGAGACAAACUGGGAUUCAUCCUUCAGAUAGGAAUAUAUUAUUCCGUGGGAUUUGGCUGCGAAUGGCUCGGAGUGGAAGCAUGUCGUUUGUUGUAGUUGGCGGUUACUUAUUAGGUAUUGAUCUUCUACUCCCUAAAUGAAUUAAAAUGUUACUUUUUUUUCCAUGUUUGAUUAUUCCUUAUCUAUAGCUGGAGAAAGAUGUUCUCCUUGUGUGAUAUAUUCAUGUUUGAAAACCUUAAAUGUUGAAUAAAAGCUAUUAUUGUUGGAAACAAGUUUUGUAUUUGGAUCUGGAUU